AUGUCCACCUCCAGGAGGCGCGCCUCAAAGUCCGACAUCGCCCACUCGUCGAGCUAUAAGUCUUCAGAAGACCAGUCCGAUCUCCCCGCCCAGCGUGACGAGACGCCGCCCUCUGGAGAUGUGUCCGAGUCGACCCGCCCCGACUCCCCCUCCAAGAGCGAACGUUCAUCUACCGGAAGCCGGAACAUGUGCUGCGUGGUCACCUCCCUGCUUCUCAUCCUCGCCUUCGUUUUCGGCGUUGGCGUCUACAUGUGGAUGGUCAACAGCUUGGACGAGCCCUUCGACAACAGCAAGGAGGCCAGGCUGAUGCGCCAGAUCCAGCACGAGUUUGGCCCCUUGGAAACCGGGGGUCCCGACCCGAAGAUGAUCAUCAACAUGUGGGUGCUGGUCAUCGACGCCCCGCACGACUCGAUCGAGCUGUACAGCAAAGGCCUCGACAUUGCCUUUGCCACCCUGUUCUCGAGUUCACCAGCCGAUACGCGCCGAUUGAGCGUCGCCCACAACGACACGCUAGAGCGUAUCGCCCUCGCGCAUCGCGACCAAAUUCCGGCCGGGACCCACCAUGUCCAGAUUGCGUACAAAGGAACGAUAAACGAGGGGCUGCACGGCUUCUACCGUACCUCACCGCACGGGGGCGCCGUGUCGGCGCUGAUGAACCUGGAGGCGACGCACGCUAGGAGGGUGGUGCCGUGCUUUGAUGAGCCACGCUUUCUGGCCAAUUGGACCCUCUCCGUGCGCCACCCAAAAAACACGACCGCCACCUCGAACAUGCCGAUGACGUCCGGCUUCCCCCAGCCAGAAAUUGACGGCGAAUGGACGAGGACCCGCUUCGAGCCCACCCCGCCACUUCCGCCGCAUCGCCUUGCCCUGGCCAUCCACAACCUGGGCCACGAGACGGGGACGCUGGAAGGGAGGGUCAGGGUCUCCGCUUACGCGCGGGAGGCGCGCUCAGAGCUGUCCAAGGAGCUUCUCAACGUCACCGUCGAGCUGCUGGCCCACUUCGAAGCGAUGCUCGGCCUCGAGUACCCGCUUCAGAAACUCGACGUCAUCAUUGUGCACGGGGUGUCGCGUGGGAUGGUGGCCAGCCUGGGGUUGAUCACCGUCGACCAGAAGGCCCUGAUCGACUCCUCGGGCUUUGAAGCCGUCCCUAGGCUGCAACUUAUCGCCGGUGCCGUGGCCGAAGGGUUGGCCAAACAGUGGCUCGGCAACAUGGUGACGAUGCGUUGGUGGGACGAUCUUUGGCUCAGCGAGGGCUUCUCGUCGUUUUGUCGGCUCUUUGCCUACCGCUACUACGACAUCGCCAAGCCGUAUCAACAACCGGAUGACCUCUUCAUGGCUGAACACCUCGCUCCCCUCGACGCCGAGCCGGGCUACCCACUUCCCGCCCUCCGGCAGCCACAAAAUGAUACCGACCCGUUCAAUAAAUGGCCCCGGACUCCGCUUGAAAUCGCCAGCGUCUUCGAGCCGCGCAGCCUUUUGAAAUCUGCACACGGCAUCUACACGAUGUAUCGCUCGAUCGGGUCGGAGCGCUUCUGGCGGAUGGUCAAGGGUUUUCUCACCAACAACUCCUACUCCACCGUCACCUCCGCAGACCUCUGGGAGCACGACCUCAACAAGGACGACAAAUGGCAGCGAGCCGUCCAGGCGCAUCAGGAUUUUUUGCGCGUGCGCGGCUACCCCCGGAUCGACGUCAUCCGCCAGGCCAUCAACCCCAACAAGUACACGGUGACGGCCUCCCCAUUCCGCUACUCGAAAACGACGCCCAUGGAGGAGGAAAGCCGCCCGGACGACUUUUGGCACCUGCCGAUCGUGUGGGCCGAGCGGCCGGAGAUGCGCGAGCCGGACUACUUGAGGGAUGGUGAGCUACUCGUCGUCAACUCGCCCCGCGUCCCCUGCAUCAACCCCGGCCGCGUCGCGUACGCUCGCGUCAACUAUUGGGCCCAUUGGGCCGACGUGCGCGCCAAUAUUUUGACUAUUUGCCCCAACCCGUACACCCGUGCCACCCUCUACUCGGACGUGUUCGCGAUGGCGGAAGCCGGUGUGGAGCCCUACUCGCGUGCCCUCCAGUUCCUUCAACUGAUCCCCGUCGAGCCAGACAACGCGGCUCGUCGCGCCCUCGGCGCCCAACUCGACAAGGUCAAUCGUCGUCUCCUGGCGAAUGGCCAAAAUCAGUCCGUCGUCAAGCUCGUCGAGGCCGUCGGGAAAUUCUACGAGCAUUGCGAGGAUUACGGGCAGAUGGAAACCCCCGCAUGGUGUCUGGAGAUGAACAACAAAUCCGACUGGGCCACCGUUUUCCGCACUGACGUCCAAGACUCAUGCGAGGAGGGUGUACCGACAAGCAACUGCAGCCGUAUUCCGGAGGCUACCCGCCUGUUCGUCUACUGCAAGGCUGCCGAAGCCGACGAGCACGUCGCUGAAUACAUUUGGCAAAAGCUCGGUCUCGAGAGUGUUACUCCCUCCAGCCUCGACGAGCUCGACACCCUUUCCGAGGCGCUCCUAUGCAGCAAGGAGUGGAAAUACCCGCAAAGGGUGCUUGACGUCUUCUCCGAUCGGCGCCUAGCGGAAAAGCUGACCUUCCUGGCUGGUCGUCAAGCUGAUACUUCCCAGCUCGUCGACUAUUUCGUGGCCAAUUUUGGGCGCUUCUUGGAGAGGCUACGUGACGACCCCUACGAGACGCUCCGCCUCAUCCGCGCCAUCCAACCGGCCAUCAGGACCGAUGCACAUGUGGAAAAGAUCAAAAGCCUCCUCACCACCCCCGACCUUCCCGAUGCCCUGAAGGCCGCCUGGCUCUGUGACGAGGCCUUCGAGCGCCACCGCCUCGAGCACGAGUGGCACGCCAAGUAUUCGGCCAACAUUCUGGACUUCUACUCGCAGAUGAACGUCGCCAAA